CCGUUUAUUUGGGGAUUUUAAACUCGAUCGCUUUAUCGUAUACUUGGUGGAAUAAGGGAAAGUAUGGUAAUUAUUCACCCUGUUAAUAAUUAUCCUACCGCCGUCCAACCAGACGGUAGUUAAUUCAGCUCUAUUUUUACGCGACGAAUUUCCUGCCAAUGGAAUUUGUCUGGUGCAUCUUUCUGUCCUUAUUUUUUCUCUCGAUAUCGGGCGUGGCGCUGGUGGAUGGACAGUUCAGUUACGCUGUCAACGAGACCAACGCGCUGCCCGGACCCCACGUCAUCCCGGACUGGACCAUCUUCAACUGUUCCACACGUCCCGCGGGCCUGUACGCUGACCGCUUGCGGGGUGGUCACGAGCAGACAACCCGUUUAACGGGACUUCAACGUCUGGUCGGUACAACAGGACCUUUCCUCUUCACAGUGUUCUACUUAUGCACCAGCAGUGGACUAAAGUUCUCGAUGGUCUGUCCCGGUGACACUGUCUUCGACGAAAAGAAGCUGGAUUGCGUCCGUGAAAAGCCGGGAAAAAGCGAGCCUGGAUUGACGAAGAAAUUCCUGGUGACUACGGCUGCACCGGUGCUGACGAGCAGCAGCCGCAAAUGCAUCCACCCGAAAGUGGUCUUAACCAGCGCGGACAGGAAGCGGCCGGGGGAUAAACGGACGACCAAUGCACAUUCCACGCCACAUGCCGUACACAACCGGACGAUGCCGACCACUACACACGCAGCACAAAUAGCCUAACCGCGUGCGAUGUUCUUUUUUUGGCGUAAGACGCAACCAAAAUUUGCUGGUGGAGUAUAAGUACAGAAUGUAUGUACCGGUAUCCUUUACUUAUUUAUAUUUUUUGUCGAUGAAAUUGCGCCUGGUUUUUUGUUCAUAUCGUACUGUUAUAAUAUUGUAAAAAGCAAGCGUUUUGAAUAUUUUAUUAUUAUGCAUAAUCUAUGGUGUUUGGAAAUGAAAUUAA